AUGAAGUUCAGCUCUCUCUUCAACGGGGGGUUGGCUCUUAUUAGCCUGCCACUCGCCCUGGCAGCGAACUCCUUUUCGGCGUCAAAUCUUUACUAUGCUGCGGGAUUGACUGUCGACCAACAGCACACGCUCCUGUCUGGUCUCCAAAGUGCCGGAGUCAAGGUGCUGCGAGUGUGGCUUGAUGGACAAUCUGGGACUGUCAAGGGCACUCCGAUCAAUGGCUUCAAUGGCCUUGAAGGCAGUAGCCCGGCUAGUUGGGACGACACUGUUCUGAAUCGGUUGGAUGACUUCAUGGCCAACGCCCAUGGCUACGGCAUCAAGUUGCUUGUGUCGAUCCACAGUUACAACGCCCUCGCAGCAAAUGUCGACUUCUACGGGAAAUGGUACGGAACCGGGGACUUCUAUACUAACGGCGACGCCAUCCAAUACUUCAAGAAUCGGAUCGCUCAUGUCAUGGCCCAUGUCAAUCCUCACAAUGGCAAGCCUUGGAGCCAAAGCUCGGAGUACAUCUUCGCGUUUGAAGCUCAGAAUGAGGCUAUGCAUGACCAGGCAAAUCCCUCGGCCCUGCAGUCAUGGCAGUGUACCAUGGCACAGGCAAUCAAGGACAACUUGAAGGGCAGCACCGCAAUCCUAGUUUCCACCGGUGGUGGUGCCUGGCUGGCUAACUCUCUUUUGGAUGGUUACUUCUCCUGCGCCGCGCUGGAUGUGCUCGCCAUUCAUGCUUAUGGUGUCGGAGACUUCGCAACAAGCGCGCUCAAACCAUACGUGACCCGGGCACAGCAGGCCGGUAAGAAGCUCAUCAUGCAGGAAUGGGGAGCAUGCUAUACCACCGCAUCCAACAACAACUGCAACGGUGGCAGCCCGCUCAACUCCGGUACGCGCGACAACAACAUCAAGAACUGGGCGGCCAGCAUCACCGCCGCCGGCAUUCCUUGGUUCUACUGGCAGAUCCUGCCCAACGAGGAUCCACACCAGGGAUGGGACUACGAAGUCGGUAUCAAUGGCGUCAACUGGAACUCCUUGAAGGCGGCCGGCCUGGCUGCUGGACAGGCGCAGGCUGCCUUCGACUUCAGUAAAUGGCUCCUGUGA